AUGGAGGGGCCUGUGUUAACACUGGGACUGCUGGCCACCCUGGUUGUCUGUGGCUGCUGGGGUCUAAACGAGGAGGAGCGGCUGAUCCGGCACCUGUUUACGGAGAAGGCCUACAACAAGGAGCUCCGGCCCGUGGCUCACAAAGAGGACAGCGUGGACGUCUCCCUGGCCCUCACCCUCUCCAACCUCAUUUCCCUGAAAGAAGUGGAGGAGACCCUCACCACUAACGUGUGGAUUGAGCACGGCUGGAUGGACAGCCGGCUGCAGUGGGAUGCCGAGGACUUUGGGAACAUCAGCAUCCUGCGUCUGCCCCCUGACAUGCUGUGGCUCCCAGAGAUUGUGCUGGAGAACAACAAUGAUGGCACCUUCAAGAUUUCCUACGCCUGCAACGUGCUGGUCUAUCCGUCAGGCCAAGUGUUCUGGCUGCCGCCUGCCAUCUUCCGCUCUUCCUGUCCCAUCUCCGUCACCUACUUCCCCUUUGACUGGCAGAACUGCUCCCUCAAGUUCAGUUCGCUCAAGUACACAGCCAAGGAGAUCACCCUGAACCUGAAGCAGGAGGAAGAAGACCAGCGCUCAUACCCUGUGGAGUGGAUCAUCAUCGACCCCGAGGGAUUCACAGAGAAUGGGGAGUGGGAGAUAGUGCACCGGCCAGCCAAGGUCAACAUGGACCCCAGUGCCCCGCUGGACAGCCCCAACCACCAGGACAUUACCUUCUACCUCAUCAUUCGCCGAAAGCCACUCUUCUACAUCAUCAAUAUCCUGGUGCCCUGCGUGCUCAUCUCCUUCAUGAUCAACCUGGUCUUCUACCUGCCAGCCGACUGUGGCGAAAAGACGUCAAUGGCAAUCUCAGUGCUGCUGGCACAGUCUGUCUUCCUGCUGCUCAUCUCCAAGCGGCUGCCGGCCACAUCCGUAGCCGUCCCCCUCAUCGGCAAGUUCCUGCUCUUCGGUAUGAUACUGGUGACCAUGGUCGUGGUGAUCUGUGUCAUCGUGCUCAACAUCCACUUCCGCACGCCCAGCACCCACGUGCUGUCCGAGGGGGUCAAGAAGCUUUUCCUAGAGACCCUGCCCAAGCUCCUACACUUGUCCCGCCCCGAGGAGAACAGCCCCAGCCCCGGGGCCCUGGUCCGGAGGAGCAGCUCCCUGGGUUACAUCUCCAAGGCCGAGGAGUACUUCUCGCUCAAGUCCCGAAGCGACCUCAUGUUCGAGAAGCAGUCAGAGCGGCACGGGCUGGCCCGGCGCCUCACCACAGCACGCCAGCCCCCUGCAGGCUCUGAGCAGGCCCAGCAUGACCUCUUCAGUGAGCUGAAGCCAGCUGUGGAGGGGGCCAACUUCAUCGUCAACCACAUGAGGGAUCAGAACAACUACAAUGAGGAGAAGGACUGCUGGAACCGGAUAGCCAGCACAAUAGACCGACUCUGCCUGUUUGUGGUGACGCCCACCAUGGUGGUGGGCACGGCCUGGAUCCUCCUGCAGGGGGCCUACAACCAGCCCCCACCCCAGCCUUUCCCCGGGGACCCCUUCUCCUACUUGGAGCAAGACAAGCGUUUCAACUAG